CUUUAAUAUAGCUCUUCCAUUUGCAACGAGUCUGUCCAUGAAUUGUUUUAAACGCCAGCCACGUUCAACAUAGUUUGGAUAUUUUUUGAAAAUCUGUGUACUUGUCAUGGAGGCUCAGUUAAAUGCAAGAAUCAGCCGACUUUUACGGUCGAGCACUUCUAUGUGCAAGAGAUGCAAGCAAGAUAUACUUUCACGGAUGUUAUACACUAAAACGUGUACUAAUGUGGACGUAGAAUGUAAUAUAAAACCUUAUAAUAAAAUACCAGGACCAAAAUCAGUUCCAAUAUUAGGUAAUACUUGGAGAAUGUUGCCACUGAUUGGGCAAUAUGAAAUUUCGAAUACAGCAAAAAUAAGCAGAAUAUUUUAUGAAGAAUACGGAAAGAUCGUUCGUUUGAGUGAUUUGGUAGGUCGACCGGAUUUACUUUUUGUUUAUGAUGCUGAUGAAAUCGAAAAGAUUUAUCGUCAAGAAGAACCGACACCUUUUAGACCUUCAAUGCCUUGUUUGGUUCAUUACAAAAGUGUUAUUCGUAAGGAUUUCUUUGAAGAUAUUGGCGGUGUUGUUGGAGUGCAUGGUGAACCAUGGAAAAAAUUUCGCACACGCGUUCAGAAACCGGUUCUACAGCCACAAAUCGUAAGAAAGUACAUAACACCGAUUGAAAUUGUCACAAGUGAUUUUAUAAAGAGGAUAGAAGAUAUUCAACAAAAAAAUGGAGAAUUACCGGGAGACUUUGAUAACGAAAUACACAAAUGGGCAUUGGAGUGUAUUGGACUCGUCGCCUUGGACGUACGAUUAGGAUGUUUAGGUGGAUCGCUUAUACCAGAUUCUGAACCACAAAAGAUUAUCGAUGCCGCUAAAUUUGCUUUGAGAAACGUAGCUGUCCUUGAGCUGAAAGCUCCUUUCUGGAGAUAUAUACCAACUCCACUUUGGACUCGAUACGUUCGUAACAUGAAUUACUUUAUUGAAAUAUGUAUGAAAUACAUUGAUGCUGCGACUGAAAGACUUAAAAACAAAAAGUCUACUAACGAAGAAGAUCAUUCUUUGGUAGAAAGAAUUUUAGCAACCGAAACUAAUCCUAAAGUAGCUUAUAUUCUCGCUUUGGAUUUAAUUUUAGUCGGAAUUGAUACGAUAUCAAUGGCAGUAUGUUCAAUACUGUAUCAACUCGCGACAAGACAGGAAGAACAAGAGAAAGUUUACCAAGAAUUACUUAAAAUUCUACCUGAUCCAAAUAUUCCUCUCACUACAUCACAUCUCGAUCAAGCAGUCUACACAAAGGCUUUCAUUCGAGAAGUUUUCAGGAUGUAUUCUACUGUUAUUGGCAAUGGUAGAACAUUACAAAAUGAUACCACAAUAUGCGGUUACAAAGUACCAAAAGGAGUUCAAGUUGUAUUUCCUACAGUCGUAACUGGAAAUAUGAAAGAAUAUGUAAAUGAUGCAGACAUAUUUAAACCAUCGAGAUGGCUUAAAGCUACUCCCGAUCAAAAGCUUCAUCCGUUUGCAUCACUACCGUACGGAUACGGUGCACGCAUGUGCCUUGGUAGAAGAUUUGCUGAUCUCGAAAUGCAAGUUCUCCUUGCAAAACUUAUACGAUCAUACAAGUUGGAAUAUCAUCAUCAACCAUUGAAAUAUAAAGUUACAUUCAUGUAUGCACCAGACGGAGAACUCAGAUUUAAAUGUAUUAAAAGAUAAUAUAAUAUGUUUAAAUGAUGGAUAUAUACAAAAAAUUAUGGCUACCGUUAUGAGGACCGUUUUAUAUAUAUAUAUAUAUAUAAUAAUUAUUCUAUAUAUUACAUAGUUGUAUUUUUUUAAUUUGUUAUAAUUAUUAUAAAUAAAUAUAUUAUAUAUUUCUAUAUAUGAAACAAAACUAAAAGCAUAAAAUAAUAUUAUUAAACGAAUCAAAUAUAUCUUUUCCUUCUGAAAUUACAUUUAAUACUGUAACAUAUUAUCAAACAAUCAAAAUGAAUCUUCUACAUGACUCUACAUUUCGAGACCUCGUUACGUUUAAUUAGACCUCGUUUGGCAAAGGUUAAUUCGUAAAAGUAAAAUUUUCAAGCAAUAGUUCAAUCAAUGAUUGCUUGGAAGUUCUUCGAAAGAACGUAUUAUGACGUGAAAGAAUUAAUCUUAAUUCGCAUUAUAUAUCAGAUAAGAUAAACAAUGUUUUCUUUGUCUAAUUUGUAAAAUAAACUGUGAGACAC